CUCAUUCCGUUCCACCGUCUCACUCACCGACCAUCUCUUGUAGUCCUAAGCUUAACAGUCUUCUUGUUUUUGUACAUCAUGGACGCUCGUCUCCGCCGCGUGAAUAAAGAAAUAGCUGACUGCAAGAACGAUAAAUCUUCAAACAUCAAAAUCGACCUAAUAGAUUCAUCACCAUUUCACCUGAAGGGAUCUUUCCCCGGUCCUCAGGACACGCCAUACGAAGGUGGUCACUUUGAGGUGGAUAUUGUCAUCCCUGACUCAUAUCCGUUCCAACCUGUCAAGAUGAAAUUCAUCACGAAAGUGUAUCACCCAAACAUAUCAUCAGCGUCCGGAGCUAUCUGUCUAGACAUCCUCAAGGACGCGUGGUCGCCUGUUCUGACGCUCAAAUCAACGCUGAUCUCGCUUCAAUCGCUGCUGUGUUCUCCUGAGCCUAAUGAUCCGCAAGAUGCGGAGGUUGCAAAGCACUACACCACUAGCAAGCGAAGCUUCGACGAGACAGCAAGGUACUGGACACAGAUAUAUGCCGGAGGGCCUUUAGUCAAGAAGAUGGAAGUGAAGGAACCACAAAGAGAUGAGAUCGCAAUAGCGGGUCUUGAAAAAGCCCACGUAGAUCAGUUUGAAAGUCUUGGUUUCGAGCGCUCAAAAGUCAUCGACGUUCUUCGGAGAUUGAAUUACCGUGGCGCGAACGUUGCCAAUAUUUCGGAAGAUAGGAUUGUAGAAGAGCUUUUGAAAUGAUAUCGAUACCCCGCACGUGGUUUCUGGUGUUGAUUCCUGUAUUUUCCCCCCUGUGAAUGCCAUCCGUUACUUGAUUAUAUGUUUCCAGUAUUCAUGAAGCGGAUACACUCGGACCGACUUGUGAGAUUUGUGGAAAUGCC